AUGGCAGAAAAAAAGACCCUAGGACGUCAGAAGAUUUCGAUGGCCAAAAUAGAAAAUGAAGAUGAUUUAUACUCAUCAUUUUCAAAGCGUCGGGAAACUUUAUACAAGAAAGCAAGCGAUAUGAUUAGAAAAUAUGACAUUGAUGUGGGAAUAGUAACAUUUUCCCCCUCUGAUAAUCCUUUCUCAUUUUUUCACCCUACAAUUGAUGUUGUUGUUGAUCGAUUUUUUAGUCCAUAUACACAGGGAAGUGAAACUAGUUGCCUUAACAUUGCAAACACUCGGACUAGAAUCAAAGAGAAACAAGUUGAACUGGAAGAUCUCGAGAUCAUAAAAGAGACUUUAGCUAAUCAGACAACAGACGAGACUGACAUAGAGGAAAUGUGGGAACAAAUUAAGGAAUUUAAUCCAGUGGAUUUGAAAAAAUUUGAAAGUCGAUUGGAUGAAGUUGAUUUGAUGCUGAAAAAUGUUGUUGCUUCUUCUAUUGCACAAGCUCCUCAAGAAAAUGCUAAUUAA